AUUUCACAAUCAUAAUUUCACAAUCAACAUUCCACAAUCAUAAUUUCAUUUAUUCGCUAAAAACGGGCACCCAGGAAUAGACAUGGCUUCGUUUGGCUUUGCAUCGGUGUUAAUCACAGGAGCCAACCGCGGUAUUGGUUUGGCUAUGAUCAAGUACUUGAUAAAUUUACCAAAAGGUCCAACUCAGAUCAUUGCUACUUGUCGAUCACUACAAGCGGAAAAUGCACAAGAAUUAAACAAAAUAGCCAAAACCAAUUCCAACGUUCAUGUUUUAGAAUUGGAUAUGGCUAAUAUUUCAGGACGUAAUUUGACUGACUUCACCGAUCAAGUUUCACAUAUUGUCAAAGAUGCUGGCCUUAAUUUGCUCAUAAAUAACGCAGGCAUUCUUGUUAAAGAGCCAAACAGUGAAAUGAGCGUGGAGUCCCUAAGUCACAUUUUCAGUGUGAAUACCGUUGCUCCAUGCAUGAUAACAAAAGCUUUGCAUCCUUUUUUGAAGCAAGCAGCUCAGGUGAACAGAUCUCAUGAGCAAAUUGUUGCUGCUGUUGUCAACAUUUCCUCAAGUAUGGGUUCUAUAUCUGACACCACCACCUCCUAUUGGAUGACAUACAGAAUAUCCAAAGCUGGAUUAAAUAUGUUCACCAAAGCCACCAGUUGUGAAUAUUCCGGUGAUGACAUAGCAGUUGUUUCAUUACAUCCAGGAUGGGUGAAAACUGAUAUGGGAGGAAAACAAGCAUCCUUAACUGUGGAUGAAUCUGUUUCAGGAAUGAUGAAUGUAAUCUUGUCUUUAAAGAAAUCCGAUUCAGGAAGCUUUUUAAAAUAUGAUGGAACUAUCCUGCCUUGGGUGCAUGACAGCAAAAAGAAAUCAUGUAAUGCUGCAAAAAUUUGUCAAUGUUUGUCACAGCAUUUAUUCAUUAAAAACGGGCACCCAGGAACAGACAUGGCUUCGUUUGGCUUUGCAUCGGUGUUAAUCACAGGAGCCAACCGCGGUCUUGGUUUGUCUAUGAUCAAGUACUUGAUAAAUUUACCAAAAGGUCCAACUCAAAUCAUUGCCACUUGUCGAUCACUACAAGCGGAAAAUGCACAGGAAUUAAACAAAAUAGCCAAAACCAAUUCCAACGUUCAUGUUUUAGAAUUAGAUAUGGCUAAUAUUUCAGGACGUAAUUUGACUGACUUCGCCGAUGAAGUUUCACAUAUUGUCAAAGAAGCUGGCCUUAAUUUGCUCAUAAAUAACGCAGGCAUAAAUGUUAAAGAGCCAUUCAGUGAAAUGAGCGUGGAUUCCCUAAGUAACAUUUUCAGUGUGAAUACCGUUGCUCCAUGCAUGAUAACAAAAGCUUUGCAUCCUUUUUUGAAGCAAGCAGCUCAGGUGAACAGAUCUCAUGACCAAUCUGGUGCUGCUGUUGUCAACAUUUCCUCAAGUUUGGGUUCUAUAUCUGAUACCACCAGCUCCUAUUGCUUGGCGUACAGAAUAUCCAAAGCUGGAUUAAAUAUGUUCACCAAAGCCACCAGUUGUGAAUAUUCUGGUGAUGACAUAGCAGUUGUUUCAUUACAUCCAGGAUGGGUGAAAACUGAUAUGGGAGGAAAACAAGCACCCUUAACUGUGGAUGAAUCUGUUUCAGGAAUGAUGAAUGUAAUCUUGUCUUUAAAGAAAUCCGAUUCAGGAAGCUUUUUAAAAUAUGAUGGAACUAUCCUGCCUUGGUGAAGCAUUUGCCAAUGUAAAUGCCAGACCAGCAGUAACUUUCAUUAAAAUAUCCAUAAUCUUAUACUUAUUUAGUAAUAACAGCAAAAUAAUUCAUACUUUUUUGUCAUUGAUGUAUGUAUGAUUUUAGAAUAAUAUGUAUUGAGUAAUUA